AUGUCAAGUAUUUUUUCAAAAAGCAUUAGUCAAAAUGAGAGUAAUGAUGAUAGUCAAAAUCCUGAAAGUAGAAUUGAUAGUUCCGAAUAUUCUACUAGUGAUGAAAGUAUUAGUGAAUUUGACAAAAAAAGAAAAAAAGCAAAGGUUAAAAAAUCGGUUGGUAGACCUGAAGACCCUGUAAAUAAAGAGUAUAUUAAACUUGGAGUACGCGAUAAACAUGGGCAUGUAGCGAUGAAGUGCCUAGUUUCUGAAGCAUUUCAAAUCAUUUAUCAAAAAGCUUUAACUAUUUGGAAGUCACUAGAUGGGGGAGAUAAUAGUGUGCGAGAAUUAAUUGCGCAAAUUCAUAAUUAUGAUUUCCGAUUGCCUCCAUACAAUUCUUUUUUUCAAGAUCAUCUUGAACUUCCAGAAAUCUGGUGGUCCGCAUGUAAAGUGCCACAACAUCACCUUCAAAAACUUGCUUUAUUACUUCUUGCAAUUACUCCUCACAAUGCAGGGUGCGAGCGUGUUUUUUCUGUUUUAAAUUGGUUUACUCAAAAAUGUCGAAAUAGAUUAACUAUAAAAAAGGUUUCAAAUAUGGCCAAAUUACAUGCAUAUUAUGUUACAAAUGCACGGCAUGAACUUAAUUACGUUGGACAAGAUCUUUCAGAAAGUGAUUUUUUAAACAUGAUGCAUAAUUAUACCAAUUCGCUUACUUCAGGUGCUGCUAUGUUUGAAGAAGAUAUUCAGUUAUAUGAUUCUGAAGACGAUUUUGAUAUUGAAGAUAAUCUUGAGGAUAAUCUUGAAGAUAAUUCUAUUACGAAUGAUUUAUCUGAAGUCGAUUCCAGUAUGCUAGAAAUUGAGAAUAGUAUUAAUUUGAAUCUUGCUUUGAAUAAUAUGAAUCAACCUUUAAUUCUAGAUGAAGUUAUUGAUCAUGGUGAAAAGGAUUUUGAUAUUGACUCACUUGUCAAUCAAGGAAUGCAGAUGCGAAAUGCAUCAAAUAGAUGA